CUUGGGCGAUUUCGAAUUAGAGCGCGGAACAAUCCGAUUGGAAAUCAUUGAUUAGAGCAAUGGAACGUUUGAGGCGGACAGUUCUAGCGCUGUUUCUGUUUAUUUGUUUGUUCUCUGACAGCUGGUCACACACGCCGGGUCAUCGCACCAGGUAUGAACCCAAUUGGGCGAGCUUGGAUCAGCGCCCGCUGCCCAAGUGGUACGAUGAGGCGAAGGUGGGCAUAUUCCUGCAUUACGGCGUCUACUCUGUGCCGAGCUUCGGCUCCGAGUGGUUCUGGACCAACUGGAUUAAUCUGCGUAAUCCGGACUAUAUACGCUUUAUGCAGCGCAAUUAUAAGCCCGAUUUCACCUAUCAGCAAUUCGCGGAUCAAUUCACAGCGGAGCUCUUUAAUGCCACACAGUGGGCGUUGCUCUUCAAAGAUAGUGGCGCCAAAUAUGUUGUGCUCACCAGCAAACAUCACGAUGGAUACACGCUGUGGCCUUCCAAGUACAGYUUCGGCUGGAACUCUGUCGAUGUGGGGCCUAAACGGGAUAUYAUCAAGGAACUGGCAUCAGCCGUGCGCAGCGUUUCUGAUCUAAAAUUCGGGCUGUACUACUCGCUGUUCGAGUGGUUCAAUCGAAUGUGGAUCGACGACAAGUUGCAUCUAUUGCUGCAGCAGCACUACGUGGACUACAAGGUUCGGCCGGAGCAGAUGGAGCUGGUGCAGGAGUAUUUACCGGAGAUCCUAUGGUCAGAUGGCGAUUGGGAGGCGCCGGCCAAGUACUGGAGAUCGGAGGAGUUCAUUGCCUGGCUCUACAAUGAAAGUCCAGUCAGGGAGACGAUUGUAACGAACGAUCGCUGGGGCUUUGGUACCGCCUGUAUGCAUGGCGACUUCUACAACUGCGCCGAUCGCUUCAAUCCGGGCGUGCUGCAGCGACACAAGUGGGAGAACGCCUUCACACUGGAUCGCACCAGCUGGGGACAGCGCUUCGAUGUGACCCUGGCGGACUUCAUGAGCUCCAAGGAUGUCAUCAAGGAAAUCGUCACAACGGUCAGCUGCAACGGAAACGUCUUGAUCAAUGUGGGCCCCACGAAGUAUGGCACGAUCUUGCCUAUCUUCGAGGAGCGUCUGCGCGACAUGGGACGCUGGCUGAGCAUCAAUGGCGAGGGCAUCUAUGGCAGCUCUCCGUGGAUCUAUCAGAAUGAUACCCUAACGCCAGAUGUUUGGUAUACCCAGGGCAAAGAAUCGAAUUCCACUAUCGCCGUCAUCUAUGCCUUUGUCCUAGAAUAUCCCUACGAUACUAACGAACUGGAGAUCUAUCCUCUGGGCAAGGACAUCAGUAUCUUUCGCAAUGUCCUGCUUACCGGGCUUGACUUUGGCAUGGACAACGAAGUAAUAAAUAAGCAAACUACGCAAAUAUCCAUGUUGGGCAUGGAGAAUACAAAAAUCAAUUGGACUGCAACUCACAAUAAGUUGCGAAUUGUGUUUCCACCCAAGCAUCAUAUUGACAAGCGUGGACUGGAAUACGCCUGGACUUUUAAAAUAACAAUAGCUUAAAUGAAACGUUAAAUAUUAAUUCUAUUUUCUUGUAAUU